ACCUGCGCUCUCUUUUGCCUCUUCCCCCCCUCCCCCCCUCUCUCUCUCUACCCUCUCGACAACCUCUCGACAACGACGACGAUGGCGGAGUCGAAUCCGAAGAAAUUUAAAAGGAGAAAACAGAUCCCGAUUUAAAAACCCUAAUAAGUCCCUCGAAACCCUAAUUGUUUCACCCUUCUCUACCUCUCUCCGAUCCUUUUGAGCUCCUCCCGAUCCGCUUCUCUCCCUUACGAAUCCAAUCCUCUUGCGUUUUUCUUUCUCGCUGGAAUUGAGGUUUGUUUGAUCCGUUUUUUAUUGUUUUGGCGAUUCCGGAUCGAUUUGUCGCUGAAUUUUGGCAGGAUUUUGAGGUUUGUUCGAUUCGAUUGGGGGUUGACGAUUGCUAGGGUUUUGAAUUGGUGAUCUUCGAUGGGCGAUUGAGGAUGGUGCGGCUGCUAGGGUUGAACCGCUUCGGGCUCGAAGACUCGCCGCGCGAGAUCACCCGCUCGGGCCCCGUCGCGACGGGGGAGGGCGGGAGCAGCGGGUGGCUGAUCCGGUUCUUCGACUCGUCCUUCUUCUGCGAGUGGAUCGCGGUGAGCUACCUCUACAAGCAUGACCACGCCGGAGUGCGCGACUACCUCUGCAACCGCAUGUACACCCUCCCCCUCGCCGGCAUCGAGGGCUACCUCUUCCAGAUCUGCUACAUGCUUGUCCACAAGCCCAGCCCCUCCCUCGACAGGUUCGUCAUCGACACCUGCGCCAAGUCGCUGCGCAUCGCCCUCAAGGUGCACUGGAUACUCAUGGCGGAGCUCGAGGACACCGAGGACAAUGAGGGCAUCAGCCGCAUACAGGAGAAGUGCCAGAUCGCCGCCACACUGAUGGGCGAGUGGCCCCCGCUCGUCUGCCCCCCACCGCCCCCCGCGUCGGCACCUGCUAGCCCCAGGAACAAUCCUGUUCUCAAUAGGAUACGGUCCUCCAAGCAGAAGUUGCUGUCCCUUGCGUCAUCCCCUGCGCUCGGCUCCGGCUCGCCAAUUGAGGAGAGCAGUCGCGGCAAUGAUAGCGGAGGCAAGGCUUUGUCCUCAUCAGAGGAGAACAAGUUGUUCAAAAAGCUGAUUCCGGGGCCAAAGGUGCGGGACGCACUGUUCUUCAGGAAAUCGUUGGAACGGGAAGAGGAGGAGUCGGAUAAGGAAGGGUUUUUUAAGCGGUUGCUUAGGGACAGUAAGGAGGAGGAGGAUUCGGAGAAAGAUGGGUUCUUUCGGAGAUUGCUUAGGGACAGUAAGGAUGAGGAGGGUGAGCUGACUGCAAGCUCGGAAGGGUUCCUGAAGAGGUUGUUUCGUGAUAAAGAGGAUAGGCUGGGAGAUGAGGAUGAGAAGGAGGGGUUUUUCCGCAGGAUUUUUAAGGAUAAGAAUGAGGAGAAGAAGGAUAGUGGGCAUGAUAAGCAUGGGGUGGAGCCUCAGGGGAGGCUGAGUAGCAGUGUAGAGGAAGUUGAUAAGGAAGGUUUCUUCCACAGGAUUUUCAAAGACAAGUUUGACGAGAAAAAGGAAUUGGGCCAUGAUAGGCAUGAGGAGAAGGAGAAUAGGAGUGCGGAGGAAGACGAGAAGGAAAAGGAGGGCUUCUUCCAGCGGCUUUUCAGGGACAAGAAUGAAGAGAAAAAAGAAAGUGCGCAUGAUAGGAAAGAAGAGGAAGAAAAGAGCAACAAGAGUACAGAUGAUGAUAAUUUCUUCCGUCGGCUUUUCAAGGAUAAAAAUGAAGAGAAAAGGUUAGCUGGGCAUGAGAAGAAUGAUGAUGAGAAGUGUAAUGGGAGCAUAGAGGAGGUUGAAAAGGAGAACUUCUUUCGAAGGCUGUUCAAGGACAAGAAUGAGGAGAAGAGAAAUGAAGGGCAUGAUAAAAAUGAGGAAUAUAACAAAAGUGGGAGUUUUGAUGAGGAGGAGACUUCAGAGUUCUUGUCAUUCCGUAGGUUGUUUAGAGUGCACCCUGAAGAUGUUAAGAGCAGCGGUGUUAAUGAGAAUGGCUACCCCAGCAGUCCUUUUGAGAGUAGCCCAGGAACAGAGAAUUUUUUUAGGCGUCUUUUUCGAGAUCGAGACCGGUCUGUGGAAGAUUCUGAGCUGUUUGGCUCUAAGAUACUGAAAGAGAAACGUCCUGGAUCUCCGAGACAACGCAAUGAGAAACAAAGUGGAAAGCCUCCUUUACCUAACAAUGUGAUAUCAGAAAUUCGCAAAGGUUCUUAUCAUGCUUCAUUGGAGUUUGUUCAAUCUUUAUGUGACACAUCAUAUGGACUAGUGGACAUCUUUCCUAUCGAAGAUCGCAAAAUUGCUCUCCGAGAGUCUCUUACGGAGAUCAAUUCGCAUCUUGCUGCUGCUCAAAAAAAUGGAGGCAUAUGCUUUCCAAUGGGUAAGGGAAUGUACAGGGUGAUCCAUAUACCUGAGGAUGAGGCUGUUCUUCUGAAUUCUAGGGAAAAGGCACCUUUUCUAAUUUGUGUUGAAGUUUUGAAAGUUGAAGCAACAAGUACGAAGGCGUCAUCUGAUGUUCAAAAGCUCUCUAGAGGUGGGAUUCCCUUAGCAAAUGGAGAUGCACAAUUGCCAAAGCCUCCUCCCUGGGCAUAUCCUUUGUGGAGUCGGCACGACAUUCACAACUAUGAUACAGACAGGAUGUUGAAAUCUACCUCUCAGGCUAUUGACCAAGCAAUGGCUCAGCUAUGGGAGACAAAAGUAAAAUUUGUUCAUGUUAGUUUCUCUAUUGAGAAGCACUUUGUUGGCCGUUCUAGGAAUAGUGUUGAGGCUAGUUCAGGGAAUAAAAUCCAACAAGCUACAGUAAGUGCACAAGAUUCGGCUAGCGAGUCAAGAUCCCAUAAUGAUCACCGUAUCGAGUGGGUAAGAGUUAAUUUAUCUGCUGUCCCUGGGGUCAACAUGGAAGAUGUAGAUGAUCCAGAGCCAACACGUCGGAAAGACCAUCGCCGUGUCCCAAGCACAAUUGCCAUAGAGGAAGUGAAGGCUGCUGCAGCAAAGGGACAAGCUCCCCCUGGACUUCCUUUAAAAGGAGCUGGACAGGACUCGCAAGAUGUAGCACAAAAGGUGAUGAAUGGUCAUACUCCUAAACCUACUGAUGCCUUGUCUGGUGAGCUUUGGGAGUUGAAGAAAGAGAGAAUACGGCGGUCAUCAGCUCAUGGAAAAUUACCCGGCUGGGACUUGCGUUCUGUCAUUGUGAAGAGUGGUGACGAUUGCAGACAGGAGCAUCUCGCUGUGCAGCUUGUUUCACAUUUCUAUGAUAUAUAUCAAGAAGCAGGCUUGCCGCUUUGGUUACGUCCUUAUGAAGUUCUAGUUACUUCUUCCUAUACAGCCCUCAUUGAAACUAUUCCUGAUACGGCCUCAAUUCAUUCCAUCAAGAGUAGGUUUCCUAAUAUCUCAAGUUUGCGUGACUACUUCCUUGCCAAAUACGGGGACAAUUCUCCAAAUUUUAAACUUGCCCAGAGAAAUUUUGUUGAAAGCAUGGCUGGAUAUUCUAUAUUAUGUUACCUGCUUCAGGUUAAAGAUCGACACAAUGGUAAUCUCUUAAUGGAUGAAGAGGGACAUAUUAUUCAUAUUGAUUUUGGUUUCAUGCUAUCCAAUUCUCCUGGAGGAGUAAAUUUUGAGAGCGCACCAUUUAAGUUGACUAGAGAGCUUCUUGAGGUGAUGGAUUCUGAUGCAGAAGGAACUCCUAGUGAGUUCUUUGAUUACUUCAAGGUGUUAUGCAUCCAAGGAUUCCUUACCUGCCGCAAGCAUGCAGAGCGCAUCAUACUUCUUGUUGAAAUGCUACAGGACUCUGGUUUCCCCUGCUUUAAAGGCGGUCCUCGGACUAUACAGAACUUGAGGAAGAGGUUCCAUCUGAGCCUUACUGAAGAGCAAUGUGUGUCUCUGGUGCUUUCCCUGAUCAGUAGCAGUUUAGAUGCUUGGCGUACAAGGCAGUAUGAUUACUACCAACGAGUGUUGAACGGGAUUUUGUGAGGCACUUACAUAUACUAUCUUGUCCUUGCCAAUUCAUUUAAGUUUCUCAAAAGGAAGCGAUACGUCCGAAAGAUUGCUAGGCUAGCGGGUAAUUCGAUCUUUAUCAUGGGCCAGUGUUAGGCUUAUCUCUGAAGCCUUCAUUGGGAGAUUUUCUAGCUUGAUAUGGCUCAACAGUGUGGAAAUUCCCGGGUGAAGUUGUUCCCACUAUUCUGGAACCCGAACAGCCUUCUUGAACAACUGUAGAUACUGAGAGUGGCAUAUUUUGGAGGCAUAAAAGUAAAUCUGGGAGUUAGAUUUUGAUGGCUGUACAGAAAAAGGUUAGUUGUAAGGAUUAAAAAAAAAAAAAGUAGAAGGGGCUGCUUAAUAGUUCAGUUGCAACUCGAGCCUUGGAGGAAGCUUUUCCCUAAAACGGAGUUGUCAUCGGAGUUAAAAGGUAUGUAUGUUCAACUCACGGGGCAGGUGCUGCUGUUUCCUGUUUGUUUAUUCAUUGUCCUCAUUUUCCAUUAUAUUAGAUGAUUCCGGUAUUUUUUUCUUCUAUUUCAGUAUUACACUUAUUAUUAAAUUGCAUCAUAGUGCGAUGCUUGAGAACAGAGUUAGGACCCUUCUGUAAAAAAAGUGUACAUUAGUCGUCAAAGGUGAUUUGUAUGAAGAGGAUGUACUAAAUUCGUUUGAUUGGUGCUUCCGCUGUUGUGGGGGGAGUCUCCUUUACUUUUCUGCGGCGAUUGAAUUGAUUUUAUUUCGAUGAUGUUGCCAAACAUUUUCGUGCAAAAAGAGCUUCUGAUCCAACGGUGGUAAUUAUUUUUCU